AUGGUGGCGGCGGGCGCCCGGCCCAGGGGCGCCAAGGAGGCCUGGGCGGAGGAGGAGCCCUGGGGCGUCGACGGCGACCACGCGGAGUGGGAGGAGGCCCAACGCAAGGGCAAGCGGCGGAAGCCGAGGCAGGAGGGCGCGGAUCUGCAGGAGGAGGCGUGGACAGAGGAGGCCGCGCGCAAGGUCAAGAGGCGGAAGCAGCCGCAAGAUGAAGCGUGGGCAGAGGACGGCUGGGAGGAGCCAGACGAGUACCACGCCGCAGCCCCGGAGGGGCCGCCACCUGCUGAAGGACAGCAGGAG